AGUCCACGCUUUUUAGACACCGUGCAUUACUUGCCAAUGUGACUGCUACUAACUAAUGUGAGGCAACUUUGAUCUAACGGCCUGAAGGCACGAUUUCCGGCCGCUUGUCGUUUCAACGUUUGCACAUGCGUAUUCGUUUGAACAGUGUUGCCUGCACAGCACAUUUAGUCUUCGUACUGAUCAUCCGAGGCAGUAAGCUGAGAUUUAUUUGCCCCCGGCCCCGCUGUAUGAAAUCUUAGGGUAUGUGACAUGGAUCACUGGUUGCUUUCAACCUGUAUUCUCCUGUGGGUUUUUACCUUUUCAUCAGCGGAAGUGGUUAUUUUAGAAAAACAGCCAACACAAUCUGAGAACUCUAACUGGCAGCCAUCAAAGCCGCCAACAACAAAUAGCGGACCUACUGGGUGGGUGAAGAGGACUUUCUACUCAACUUGUGAUGUUUCUCUGGAUGCAUUCCCACGACCAAACAACUGGCUGAGAAGUAACCCUAUAGAGGUCCACAGUGGAGUGAACGCAGUCUAUAUUACAACUGAGUUUCGAAUAAAAAACUGUUCGUCUUACCCUGACAAUGGAGGGAAAUAUUGCACAGAGUAUUUGGGCUUAUAUGUGUUCCGUUCUUCCCGAAAUUCGGAACCCAACCCACUGACAAAUAAUGCCUCGUAUGAAAAAAUUGCUAAAAUAGCUGCACCAGCCUUUGGUUUUAAUAUCACACAAACUUUUAGAGCAGCAGUUACAGGAAAGUAUCUAGUAUUGGCAUUUCAUGACGAAGGCUCGUGUAGUGACCUUUUCUCUGUUACCGUUAAAUAUUAUGUAUGCCCAGAAUUAAGUCACGUUGGUGGUUUAGUCUCCUUACCAAGAACAGUGGCUCCAGCAAGCGACUCAGAGCCAGUUGUUGGUGGUUGUGUCACAAAUGCCGUGACCGAGCAAGGUAUUCUAAGUGCAAACUGCCAAAGCGACGGUGCUUGGAACAUCACUUCCCUUAAAGGAAGAUGUGUAUGCAUGGAGGACAUGGAAAAUGUAAGAGGAGAAUGCAAAGAUUGUCCAGUUGGAAAAUAUAAUAAUCAGAAUGGCCUGAAUUGCACAGUUCUACCAUCAGCCCCAAAGGGUGUCAAGGUUGCUUUUCUAAACCAAAGCGCAGUUGAGAUAUCAUGGCAGCCUCCAAUGGUGACUGGUGAUGAGACUCACGUGCUUUAUGACGUUGAAUGUCGCAUACGGAAAAUAUGCGGCAUUGGCGAAGUCAACAAUUGUGUACAUGGAGAUUGCGGUAUUCUAAAUACUACAGACUUGGAAAUAAACCACCUGAUCGUGGCAGGUCUUUCUUCAUUGACAAGUUACACUUUCAAAAUAUUCGCCAAAAACAGAGUAAGCGAGGUGGCUAAAAGAAAACACAGAGUUGAAUGGAAUUUCGCAACACUGAACUUUGGAACUAAUGGAUCAGACGCAUUUUCAUCAACUAAAACCUCAGGAAUUGAAGAAGACCCAAGAGUUACAAAACAUCUGAAGACUGUCUACGUAUUGGUUGGAUUGCUUGGCCUGUUAAUAUUCUGUAUCAUGGUUUUUGUGUGUUACAAAGUUUGGAGAAGAUGGAGGCCCUCAGGAAAUGGAAAUUGUGCAAAAGAAUCCAACGAGGAGGGUUUUGACAAUUUUGAGAUGAUAGGCAGUGAAAAACUUGACCGUGAACAAAUAGUAACUGUAAAAGUUCUUGGGAGUGGAAAUUUUGGUCAAGUUUGCAAGGCAUUUUAUGUACCCAGGAACGCUGAUGUCGCAGUGAAGUCACUAAAAGAUGAUGCCACACCGAAGGAUAAGCAAGACUUUCACUCUGAGUUGAACCUCAUGAAAUCCUUGGUGCCUCAUUCACAUGUGGUAAAGCUAUACGGCUAUUGUGUUGAAAAAGUUCCCCAUCUCAUAGUUUUGGAGUAUUUGCCGUAUGGUGAUUUGUUGGGGUACCUACGUAAGAGCAGAGGAAUUGAAGACAGUCAGCACACAGGGGAAAAAGAACCAAUCUUGAAACUCAGUGAAAAAGACCUGUUGUCCUUUGCAUGGAUGAUUGCUGAUGGCAUGAAUUAUCUGUCAUCAAUGAAGAUUGUGCAUCGUGAUUUAGCGGCUAGAAAUGUGUUAGUUGGGGAGAACAAAGUGUGUAAGAUUUCAGACUUUGGUUUAGCUCGUCGUUUGGAGGGAGAUAUCUACACAACAAAAAGUGAGGCCCUUCUUCCAAUUAAGUGGAUGCCUCCAGAGUCACUUGUCAAUGGAAUAUCCUCUACUAUGAGUGACGUAUGGUCUUAUGGCAUUGUGAUGUGGGAGGUGUUUACAGUCGGCGAAUCACCUUAUCCUAAGAUAGGAUCUCGAAAGGUAAAAGACCUGCUGCGGGAAGGAUACCGUAUGCCCAGGCCCGAGCACAUCUCACAAGAACUGUAUUCCAUUAUGUCCGAGUGUUGGGAAGAUGAUCCCAAAAAGAGGCCAACAUUCCCAUGGCUUUGUGCUGCGGUCAAAAGACUUCUGAAUGACCACAAGAUAUAUGUGAACUUGGAAGUCUACGACGGCACGAACUACGUUAACUUUGAUAUGAUGAUGGAUUAUGAGUGAUAAAAACUUUUCGAUUUUUACGAUAAAUUCAGGAUGGCGGUUCAGUCCAGCAACACAAACUUCAUUGAAGACUCAACCUCCCAACUAUGUUCACAUAUCCAUAAGUGCUUUGAAUAACAAAAAUAUAGGACCCUGGUUACUGGUUGCCAGAUAUUUCAAUUUGCUGUCCCACUUUCCAGAUUAUUGCUUAUGGCCCAAUGAAAUAUAUACAUGUAUUAACUUUGUUUAUUACCUAGCGUUUGUAAUAUAGUUGCAAUAAGGUUCAAUUAAAGCUUUGGAAUACAAAGUCAGUCUCACGUUUUAAAAAUGAAAUUAGUAGACAUAAGUUGUUUAACAAGAUGGUAGGAAACGUCUCAUAGCAUGACUCUCGAAAGAUCGCCUGACGAUCACUGCCGAAUACAAGAUCAAACAACAUCAGUUUCUCGAGAAAAAUAAUAAAUUAGGUUUUUUUUCUUGACAAUGAAGCUUGCUCUCGUUUUACUCGACUGCAAGCUAAUGUGACUGGAACUUAUUUUCAUGGAUGUCUUACAUUGGCAACUAGUCUCGCUUUGACUAAUAAGUUGUGGAGUUUUCUUUAACUCGAUUCAAAAUACUGUUAUGUUUAGUUUGGUUUAAUUUAAGGUUUAAUUACUUUUAAUAUCCAUCAUUUUCCCGGUCCGCUGAAUAGACGCACACAGCAAACAUACCUUGAGACUUCAUUUUAUUCGGCAGGCUGUUGAAUUCAUUCAAUCGAGUACAAUACCUUACGAAUUCAAAAUGCCUCUAUUAGGUCUAUUGUAGUAGAAGUAGUAUUAAUUGCAGUAGUCUGUAUUCCUUCACAUUAAGAACUCAAUUGUAUAUCUUAUGUUACAAAGUAAAACAUUAAAGCGUUGUAAAAGGG